AUGUCAGAUUGUGGUAAGUUCUGCGAAGGAGAAAAUGACAGGCAGGAAAAGGCCAAGGUUGUUGAGCCCCUGGACUACGAGAAUGUUAUCGCCCAAAGGAAAACACAGAUUUACAGUGACCCCCUCAGAGACCUGCUUAUGUUCCCCAUGGAAGAUAUAUCUAUCUCAGUGAUAGGUCGACAACGGAGAACAGUUCAGUCCACUGUACCAGAAGAUGCUGAAAAGAGGGCCCAGAGUUUAUUUGUCAAAGAGUGUAUUAAAACCUAUAGCAAAGAUUGGCACGUGGUAAACUACAAGUAUGAAGACUUCUCAGGGGACUUUCGAAUGUUACCAUGCAAAUCUCUGAGGCCAGAAAAGAUUCCUAAUCAUGUCUUUGAGAUUGAUGAGGAUUGUGAGAAAGAUGAGGACUCAUCUUCUUUAUGUUCUCAGAAAGGUGGUGUGAUAAAACAAGGCUGGUUGCACAAAGCAAAUGUAAAUAGCACCAUCACAGUUACCAUGAAGGUAUUCAAGAGACGGUAUUUUUACUUGACUCAACUUCCUGAUGGUUCAUAUAUUCUCAAUUCCUAUAAAGAUGAGAAAAAUUCAAAAGAAUCUAAAGGUUGCAUUUACUUGGACGCCUGCAUUGAUGUUGUUCAGUGCCCCAGAAUGCGCCGUCAUGCUUUUGAACUGAAGAUGUUAGAUAAAUACAGCCAUUAUCUGGCUGCUGAAACUGAGCAGGAAAUGGAGGAAUGGUUGAUAACUUUGAAAAAGAUUAUUCAGAUCAAUACUGACAGUUUAGUGCAAGAGAAAAAGGAAACAGUAGAAACAGCACAAGAUGAUGAAACUAACAGCCAAGGAAAAGCCGAGAACAUCAUGGCCAGUUUGGAAAGGAGCAUGCAUCCGGAACUGAUGAAGUAUGGAAGAGAAACAGAACAGCUAAACAAACUCAGUAGAGGAGAUGGAAGACAGAAUCUCUUUUCUUUUGACUCGGAGGUUCAGAGGUUGGACUUUUCAGGAAUUGAACCUGAUGUAAAGCCAUUUGAAGAAAAGUGUAACAAGCGUUUCCUUGUAAAUUGCCAUGAUUUAACUUUCAAUAUCUUGGGUCACAUCGGAGAUAAUGCAAAAGGACCACCCACAAAUGUUGAGCCCUUUUUUAUAAAUCUUGCCUUAUUUGAUGUAAAGAACAAUUGUAAGAUUUCAGCUGACUUUCACUUAGACCUGAACCCCCCAUCUGUCCGGGAAAUGCUGUGGGGUACUCCAGGCCAACUGACCAAUGAUGGAAACACAAAGGGCUCUUCACCUGAGUCUUUCAUUCAUGGAAUUGCUGAAUCUCACUUACGCUACAUAAAGCAGGGAAUUUUCUCAGUGACGAAUCCACAUCCUGAAAUUUUUCUAGUUGCAAGAAUUGAAAAGGUGCUACAAGGCAAUAUCACACAUUGUGCAGAACCCUACAUCAAAAAUUCAGAUCCAGUAAAGACAGCCCAGAAAGUGUACAGGACAGCUAAGCAAGUGUGUAGCCGCCUUGGACAAUACAGAAUGCCCUUUGCUUGGGCUGCCAGACCCAUUUUCAAAGAUAUUCAAGGUUCUUUGGAUCUGGAUGGAAGAUUUUCUCCUUUGUAUAAACAGGACAGUAGCAAGCUUUCAAAUGAAGACAUCCUCAAGUUGCUCUCAGAAUACAAAAAGCCAGAAAAGACCAAAUUGCAGACUAUUCCUGGGCAGCUAAACAUCUCAGUGGAAUGUGUUCCUGUGAAUUUAUCAAACUGUAUUACUUCUUCAUAUGUGCCCCUGAAGCCUUUUGAAAAGAGUUGUCAAAAUAUUACUGUGGAGGUUGAAGAGUUUGUUCCAGAAAUGACAAAAUAUUGUUAUCCAUUUACUAUUUACAAAAAUCAUCUAUAUGUCUAUCCUUUGCAAUUAAAAUAUGAUAGCCAGAAAACAUUUGCCAAGGCAAGGAACAUUGCAAUCUGUGUGGAGUUUCGGGAUUCAGAUGAAAGUGAUGCUUGUGCGCUAAAGUGUAUUUAUGGAAAACCUGCAGGGUCUGUUUUCACCACAAAUGCAUAUGCUGUUGUCUCACAUCACAACCAAAAUCCAGAGUUCUAUGAUGAGAUUAAAAUUGAGCUUCCCAUUCACCUGCAUCAAAAACAUCAUUUGCUUUUCACCUUUUAUCAUGUAAGUUGUGAAAUUAACACAAAGGGAACAACCAAAAAGCAGGACACAGUUGAAACACCAGUUGGGUUUGCCUGGGUACCUUUGCUGAAGGAUGGUAGAAUCAUCACGUUUGAGCAGCAGCUGCCAGUUUCAGCCAAUCUUCCCCCAGGCUACUUGAAUCUGAAUGAUGGAGAAUCAAGAAGGCAGUCAAAUGUGGAUAUUAAGUGGGUAGAUGGGGCAAAGCCUUUGUUGAAGAUUAAAAGCCACUUGGAGUCUACCAUUUAUACUCAGGAUCUGCAUGUGCACAAAUUCUUCCAUCAUUGCCAGCUGAUUCAGUCGGGCUCGAAAGAAGUUCCAGGGGAGCUCAUCAAAUAUUUAAAGUGUUUGCAUGCCAUGGAGAUCCAAGUCAUGAUACAGUUUCUACCCGUAAUUCUUAUGCAACUCUUCCGAGUUCUCACAAAUAUGACCCAAGAAGAUGACGUUCCUAUCAACUGCACCAUGGUUCUCCUACAUAUUGUAUCGAAGUGCCAUGAAGAGGGCUUGGAUAGUUAUUUAAGAUCCUUUAUAAAGUAUAGCUUCCGACCUGAAAAACCGAGUGCUCUUCAAGCCCAGCUGAUACAUGAAACCCUGGCUACUACCAUGAUAGCAAUAUUGAAACAGUCUGCAGAUUUCUUAGCAAUAAAUAAACUGCUAAAGUACUCAUGGUUUUUCUUUGAAAUAAUUGCAAAGUCCAUGGCCACAUAUUUGUUAGAAGAGAAUAAAAUUAAGCUACCCAGGGGCCAGAGAUUUCCUGAGGCAUAUCAUCAUGUCUUACAUUCCUUGCUCCUCGCAAUAAUUCCCCAUGUGACUAUUCGCUAUGCAGAGAUUCCUGAUGAGUCCAGAAAUGUGAAUUAUAGUUUGGCUAACUUCCUGAAGCGCUGUUUGACACUAAUGGAUAGAGGAUUUGUAUUCAAUUUGAUAAAUGACUAUGUCUCUGGAUUCAGCCCCAAAGAUCCUAAGGUUCUGGCUGAAUACAAGUUUGAAUUUCUACAAGCAAUUUGCAAUCAUGAGCAUUACAUUCCUCUGAACUUGCCAAUGGCAUUUGCAAAACCUAAAUUGCAGCGAGUUCAAGAUUCAAAUCUUGAAUACAGUUUAUCAGAUGAGUAUUGCAAGCAUCACUUCUUGGUUGGUCUACUUUUGAGGGAAACCUCCAUUGCUCUUCAAGACAAUUACGAGAUCAGAUACACAGCUAUUUCUGUCAUAAAGAAUCUUUUGAUAAAACAUGCAUUUGACACUAGAUACCAGCACAAGAAUCAACAAGCCAAAAUAGCACAAUUGUACCUCCCAUUUGUUGGACUGCUUUUGGAAAUAUACAGCGACUAGCAGGUCGAGAUACUUUGUAUUCCGUGCGCGCCAUGCCUAAUUCUGUAGGUAUUAAUGCAGCUUUG